AUGAAGUUUCCGAUCCUCUCCCUUAGUAUCCUCUAUAUCUGGAUCGCCUCCGUCAACGCAGACUUUUUCCACUGCGUCUGCGAAACAAGGCCAUACCACACUGUUUUCCGAUCCAAAGAAGCCUGCGUCUUUGUCAAGAACAGAUCCCUCCCCAGAGACAAAGUCAGCAUAAGUCUGGCGGCCGACGGCAGUCCGUGGGCGGGUAACCUUACGUGUCGUAUGCUAGAUCCCGCCAAGUUCUGGGGUCCAACCGUUUGCGGCGCACAGUAUAGCCGCUUCUUUCGGUACGAUGUCUGUAAGCCCGAGUGCAAGUACGAUGGGAAGGACCCCGAAGACUGUAUAACAGCCUACGAUCAACAGCCAUCUAUUCAAACUGUCAUUUGACGUAGUGCGUAUCUUGUAUCUUAGUAUAUCU